UGGCAGUGAAUGAGUUAAGAAGCUUUUACACAUAAGUGAAUUAAAAUAAAUCUGUAACUUAGCACCACAUAGCAAAGGUAUUGAUGAGACUGAAUAUUCUCAGAUACGAAGCUGUGGGAGUAAUUUAUUGGAAUUUUGAAAACCAGAAAAUUCAUAUUAACUAAUUAGCCUACAUUCAAUCUCUAAAUGAGAAGAGUGUUGAAAGGAAGAAAUGACAGAAAACAUGGUGAGGGAGGUGUUUUGAUGCAGUGAAAUGAUAUUUGCUUUUUGAGGCGAAACUGAAUCUCUCGAUCAUAUGAUCUUUUUUUUGCUUAUUAGAAUUUGAUUUACAUGUGCAGCACUGACCGUUUACCCCGAUUUCUACGUGACUUCCACCAGUACUCUUCAGCUUGAUGUUCCGUUCAUGUGAUUAUUUGUGAGAAAUAGUCAUACACUCGAUACUCCCAACUCAGCUGUCACUCAUUUUCUGUCAUGUGUUGCUGAUUCAGAAGUUGUCACACAGAGUUAAUCCAGAGUGUACACAACCUCACUGGGUAAAGAUAAAUGCAGAGGAUGUGUAUAGUAAGAAAAGUUAGAAGUAAAUAAAUAAAAAAAAAAAAAAAAAGUGUUCCCACUGUAAACCUUCCACAUAAAACACGAGUGUUGUCAGAGAAUACACUUAGACUGGGCUACUUUUUGCUUUACUUGUGACUUUUUAUUCAGAUAUGGUGUUUACAGCUAAUUGAUUAUCUAUUAUAUCUGCCUACUUUAAUCAGCUAGUCUCUGUGUGUCUAUAUUGUAGGUGUGAACCGUCAUCUCAGGGUGUUCCAGAAAUGCUCUCAGUAUCAUGUGACUGCUGGAAUGCAGAAGUCCUCGAUGCUACAUAAUCAGCACAGAAACUAGCUGAUAUGCAGGUAGUCAGGUGUUUUCAGAGCGUGUGUGACAAUACGUUCACUGUAUUGUGAUGGUAGUUCCCCUCCCCUCAUAAAAAAAAAAACUUGGACCCUCAGAUUAUUUUCAGUAGAUUAAUUAUUUAAUAAUGAAUAAACAACUUGUUUACCUUAAUCAGUUGAUUAAUGAACAUUUUUCCCAUGGAGGUUUCUGUUGGCUUUCUCCAGCAGCAGAGGAGUGUUGUUUCUGUUGUUUGUUAAUUUUCAGACUGUAUACCAUUUCACAGAUACACCAAUUCCUGCAGGGAAGGUUUCAAAUUUGACAACUAGGCAGAAGUAUCUUCUACUUCUUGGGAAGUAUUAGCACUUGUCUGAGUUUCUGAGAACAUAUGUAUACAAUAUGAGCUGAUGAAAGCUUAGAUAUGUCUGAAAGAUUAGAUGAGUUAACUGCGUUUCAGGGUCACAUAGUGAUUUAUGUAUUUAUAGUUGUUUGUAUUGCCUAUGUGCCAUGCUGGAAAGUAGCACUAUGGCACAGAAUGACCUAUAGCUCACAACUAGCGGUGCAGCUGGUACUCAUACAUGUUUUACAUUGGGGGUUUGUGAAGGUGCAUGAGCUGUGGUAGGAGCUAUAUACAGCUUUCCUAUGCUGUCAGUACAUGCAUAUUGAUACAUGACUUCAGUAGUACUCCUGUGUAAUGAUCUCUAAAGUCAUCACUGAGCAGGCUUCCCACAUGGAAAGCUCUCUCUACUUUAUCUAGAUUCUUCUUGGUGUGGUUUGCUUGCUAUUACACACAACCUUAGGGUCAGCGGUUUCAGUCUUUACGCCUGACUUUGGUCAUAUGUUGCCGCUUUACUUCCCUGUUUCUGUUCAAUAUUUGCCAAAAUGCACUUUGUGCUCUAAAAUUUCAAGUAGGGAUUUUCAGCAAAUAGUGUGCAGUAUGUUCAGUGUAGCUGCCUUUUCAAGACAGUUAAGCACCUGUUGAUUUUAACAUGCUAUGACACCAUCCAAUAUUACCCAGUGCUGUAGCCUCCACAGACGGCCCUCUGAUGGGAAGCUGUAAAAAAAAGAAAAGAAAAAAAAAAAAGUGAGGUGGAAGCAGAUGAAAGCUGAAUGAACAAGAGCAGUCGUGCCUUACGUUCAUGUAGAAAAUUAAUGGUUGUGUGUCCGCAGUCUUCGAGUAAACCUAUAACCACACAGAACCAGUGUGUAACCACAUUAAGGAAGGAAGGCUGCCUCUGCUAACAUUAGCUACACUGAACAAUCGUGUGUGUGUGUGUGUGUGUGUGUAUGAUGUCAUGUUAUGCUACACAUUUCAGCUCGCAAUUUAAUGUUAAUUUUGAGUUCACAUGCCAUAUUUGUAAGUUCUACCUGGGCUAUCAGAUUGUGAUCGAUUUUAAGUUUCCUGAGCAUUUUCUUACUUUUAGAUGAGUUUUUAAAUGACAAGUAAAUUAGUCAUCAGGAUUCAAGCACAUGCAGUGAAAUUCCAACUAACUUGAACUUGGGCUUUCAGUUAAAUGGCAAAAUGCUGUAUGAUGGGGAAGUUUUUUUUUUUAUUUGUUUUGUUUUUCAUUGUAGGAAUUGUCCAGUUUUAUGACACUGUUGACCCUCUUGUGGUUGCUGGCUGCAGAAAUGUCUUUUUAAAACACAAGCUGCUGCACCUAUCGGAACCCUCUGUCACACACAGCCGGAAGAACGUCACACAGCUUAGGCAGAGGGGAUGUUUAUGUAACUGUCUCUCUGUCUCGAACACACACACACACACACAUUCUAGUGGCAUGAGAGAGCGAGAAAGCUAGGGCUCUUCGAGGUCAGUAUAGGCUGAUGUUUGAUUCAGUACAGUCUAGGUAACAAGGCUGCCACGUUUUGACCUUUAUCACUUUACACCUUCCAUGGAACAGCCGUGGAAGGUUUUGCGUCAGCGUUGCAGUUAUAUCAAGUUAAUAUGAGUAGAGAAUAUGUGACAAGGAAUGUAGUUUAGUAUUUAAGAAUGGGACAGUGACCAUUUUUAGGUUGUGAGCAGCCUAAAUAAACUGGUCCAUUUCUCUGAAGUUCAAGUUGUGGGGAACUGUGGGGAAGAUUUGGCAGCUUUAUGCUCUUUCUUACCCCAAAUGUUUUUUAUAUGCAGUUCGUUCUACAAGAGAAAAAACUGCAUGUUUAAAUUAAUUGGAGAAAGAAAGAGAAAGCUGAUGAAUAAGGGAGAGAGGGAAAAAAAAAAGAGCGGGAUUCAGAAACAACAGACGAACAAGUCCCUACUGUCACUCUCUUAUCACAGCGCUUUCUGGCUGUCAGCGGUCCAGACUCAGUGCUGUUGCCGCCUCGGUACUGUCCAGCACACACAGUGUUCCUGCGAUCACCUGAUAGUCUCAUGUUGUUGUGUGAAUUUAGUUCACCGCUAUUCUUAGAACCUGGUUUGACUUGGAGAGGAGAAGCAAGAGAGGAAUAGAGAGAGGGGAGAGGGCUGGGGAAAGACUGGCAGACUCGCAAUGAUGCCCAGCUGGCCACUUCCCCAGUUGGAGCCCAGUCAGAUCAGGCUGAUAGUGUACCAGGACUGCGAGAGGCGUGGCAGAAAUGUCCUGUUUGACUCCGCCGCCAAAAAAAGGGCUACGGAGGAAACCCCCAUUACUAGCGCCGAGUCCCAGGUGAAGAUGUUUGGAAAAUGCUGCCAGCUUCGUCCUACAGGAGGCAGCAGCAGUUCCCUGGACAGCUCCUCUUCCUGCACCUCGGAAACCAAGGAAUCCAAGGAGCAAGGCCUCCGCUUCCAGGGUUCAAGGUGUUCAUCAGAUGUGGUUAUGCUGGGUGAAAUGAUGUUUGGCUCUGUGGCCAUGAGCUACAAAGGCUCUACACUUAAAAUCCACCAGAUAAGAUCACCACCUCAGCUGAUGCUGAGUAAAGUCUUCACUGCCAGGACCGGAGGCAGCGUGUACGGCAGCCUGAACACGUUACAGGACAGCCUGGAGUUCAUUGGACAGGACAACAACACCCUAAAGCCUGAUCAAAACACUGGGCCCAACAGUCUGCUAGGGAACAUAGGAUUUUCUCAGCUCUGCAGCCCUCGACGGGCCUUCUCUGAACAGGGCCCGCUACGCCUCAUCAAGAGCGCUUCUUUCUUUUCAGGCCACAGUCACCCUAUGGACAUGCCUGGCCGAGGGCUGUACGACGAGAGGGACAGUGGCAUCGCCAGGUCUGCUUCCUUGAGCAGCCUGUUGAUCACUCCCUUCCCAUCCCCGAGCUCGUCCUUGACCAGCAGCUGCGCGUCCAGUUACCAGCGCCGAUGGCUCCGCAGUCAAACAACCAGCCUAGAAAACGGCGUCUUCCCCCGAUGGUCGGUGGAGGAGAGCUUCAACAUGUCGGAUGAAAGCGGUGGUCCAAGUCUGGGUGUGAUUCGGAAGAAGAAGAUAGCCAUAGGUGUCAUCUUCACGCUGUCCCCCAAUGCUGAGGAAAACAGCCGCUUCCAAGAUUUCUUCUUCUCUCACUUUCCACUCUUUGAAAGCCACAUGAACAAACUAAAGAGUGCAAUUGAGCAGGCCAUGAAGAUGAGUCGGCGGUCAGCUGAUGCCAGCCAGAGGGCUCUGGCUUACAGCCGAAUGGUGGAGGGACUCAACGAAUUCAGGAUGACCAUCUGUGACCUCUACACCAUGCCCCGAGUGGCCGAACCCGUCUGGUUGACUAUGAUGUCUGGAGCAUCAGAGAAGAACCAGCUCUGCGGUCAAUUCAUGAGGGAGCUUUCUCUGCUGAUGGAGCAGGCCUCCAAGAACCAAUUCCUUCCCGCAUUAUUGACAGCGAUUCUGACCAAUCAUCUGGCUUGGGUGCCCACCGUCAUGCCAAAUGGGCAGCCUCCAAUCAAGAUCUUCCUUGAAAAGCACUCCUCCCAGAGCGUCGACAUGCUGGCAAAGACGCAUCCCUACAAUCCUCUCUGGGCACAGCUAGGGGACCUGUAUGGGGCUAUUGGCUCCCCAGUUCGGCUGUCAAAGACUGUAGUAGUUGGCCGCAGACAGGAGCUUGUCCAGAGACUCCUUUAUGUCCUUACCUACUUCAUUCGCUGUUCUGAGCUGCUGGAGACACACAUGCUGGACAGUGCUGAGGACGAGGCCAUUGUCAUGCCCGGCUCCCUUAUAACUACCUCCCUUAGAAAGGGCGAGGUGGAGGAGUCGGAUUAUGUCCUGGUUACCGUCCACAAACCCAGCGGAGACUACCUAUCCCAAGGGGCCCACAGUCAGCAGACUGAGACAGAAGACAGCAUCUACCCUUCAGACAACAGCCUGCAGAGCAGCACAUUCACAGACAAUGAAGUGGAGCACAGUGCUGGAGAGCCGCCCAACGAAGAAGAAGAGGAGGAGGAGGAUGAGGAUGAGGAAGACAGCAGCGAGAGCCAGGGAUCGAGGAGCAGUGUGCUUCAGGCAGGACACGGCCAGGGCACAAUUCCCAUUAACAGGACUGCAGAGGUGGCAGAAGCUAAGGAUGUGUGCAAGGAGUCUAGCAGCCGACUGUUCACAGAGGCUCGAGUGGAGACGGUGCUGCACGUCGGCUUGGCUUCCACCAGGGAGCAGGUCUGUGUGCUGGAUACAGAGACCAAGGGUGACCUGAAACCUAUUGAUCCAUCCAUCCCCACAACCCUUGGAUCAGAUCCAUCCUUACCUGUUCCCACAGAAGUUAAAAACUGUGGGUUAGAUGCUUUAAUUAAUGCAGCAUCUGGAAACCAGACCACUAAAGUGCUCCCUGCUCGGCCGUUGGGGAUGCAUUUGGAGAAGAAGCCUCCAGAUAAGAACCUGAUUGCUGGAGUAUCAGUGAUACCGGGAAACUCUGUGAUAGGGCCCAUGGCUUUGACUCUGCCAGAAGACGAAGAGCCAACAACAAAAGUGACUUUUCUCAUUGGAGACUCCUUGUCUCCUGAAUCAGACACAGAGAGCCGCGGAAGGAAGGUGGAGGAGGACUACAAGAAACACAUGCUGCAGCUGCAGCAGCCACCACAGCAUCAACGAGGACAGCAUUAUCAGCAGCAACCGCAGCAGCUGCAGAUGGGAGCCGAGCUAAAGACCAGCUGCACCAGAAUGUCAGAGGACCAAACCAAACAGACCAAGGCAGUUUCCACCCUGCAGCGGGUACCGAGCAAGAUCUCCCAGUGGGACCUGAACUGUAGAGAUGAUUUUGAUGUUUAUUUCAACCCUGGGGAAACUAGGACUAUAGAUAAUGUUGCCAAACAACAUGAGGCCAGUAGGAACAAGGACUCGGUGGACUUUUCAGCGGCUCCUCGGUAUCAUGAACUAGGGGAUCUUGGCUUUCACAGCAAGGCCAGGGUGCAGGGUUUGGGCCUUUGUUUAGGUCCAGGUAGUGGAGAGAUGCAGUCAUGCAGGAAGGGAGAGAGGUUGUUGGAUAUGGAGAGGAGGUGCAGGUGUGAAUCUACAGACUCUUCUGACAUCUGCGUCUGCAGGGGCUGUCCUGCUGAGCAGGACAAAGAUCUUGUGUUAUCAGUCCCUGUUCCCCAGGAUGCAAGGAGUAACAGCAAAGAGGACCAAAAGCACAAAUCAGCGCCCAUCAACGACUGGGAAAUACCACGCAAUGAGAGCUCAGACAGUGCGCUGGGAGACAGUGAGAGUGAAGAGACUGAGGACUGGCAGGAGGAAGUUCUGGUGCCUUUUCCCGGGUCAAAGCUGGUGGAGAACUACUCUAAGCCAAGCAUUGCUAAUUUUGGCCGGUCUCUCUUUGGAGGCUACUGCCCCACCUAUGUGCCAGACUUUGUACUGCAUGGGAUGCCCAGUGACGAGAAGCUACGGCAGAACCUCAUGACUGAAUUAACCCAUGCAGUUCAGCAUCCAGUAUUGGAUGAGCCCAUAGCCGAGGCCGUCUGCAUUAUAGCAGACACAGACAAGUGGACAGUGCAGGUGGCGAGCAGUCAGAGACGAGCCACCGAUGUCAGCAAGCUGGGGAAGGAGGUCCUGGUGUCCAGCCUGGUUUCCAGCUUAUUGCAGUCUACUAACCAGCUUUACAAACUCAACGUGUCCCCCAACUUUUGUAUAAUGCACCUUGAGGACCGUCUGCAGGAGAUCUACUUUAAGAGCAAGAUGCUUGCUGAGUAUUUGAAGGGCCAGACCAGAGUCCACGUGAAAGAACUGGGCAUGGUUUUAGGAAUCGAGUCCAGCGACCUCCCCUUGCUAGCUGCCGUGGCCAGCACUCACUCCCCCUAUGUUGCCCAGAUCUUACUAUGAAACAGUACUGGCACUGAGGUCUCCAACAGUUCGCUUCCUGGGGAGGUCGGUCAGAGCUGUGCGGUGCCACCCGGCCCCAGAAACGGGCCGUCCACGCUCUGCUGCUGACUCUCUACAUGGUUUCCUGACCCGCGUGUCUGUGUGGCACAGGUCUUUAUGGACCACAGCCAGAGCUGACGCUUAAACUCAUUGCUGCUAUUUCAGAGCAAUGAUGAUGUUGAACCACAGGGUGGAGUUAGAGACCACAGACCCAGAGAUGGAGCGAGGCACUGCGGAUGAAUGGAAACAUCCCUGAGAUGACCUUCUCCUGUCGUUGUUUGAAUGUUUUUAAAUAGGACUCUUUCAUUUUAGGACACAAAAGCCAAAGACUUUAAUUUUAUUUUUCAGCUAAAAAUGAAAAUCUAAGGGCGUCUAUAGUGUAAUAACAGUGGAUUUGUUUCUUCAUCUGCUUUUUUCCCCCCUGUACAAUCUUAAACCUGGUCAUACGAAGUGAUGAAUAACAUGUUUAAAUGAAGCAGGUGGAUGAUUUUAAACUUUCCUUUGAGGUAAAUAUCACUUGGAAGAGAACUUUAUCAAUCUCAUGCCAAUUAAGUCUUUUUGUUUAUUGUCAGGACUUUGUUUACAGGCCAAAUUUCCCUGAGUUAGAUCAAAAGAUUUUGCUUUUUGUCAAACUGCAGUGCCCACCUGACUUUUUGUUUUGUUUUUGCAAACUUGUUUUGAAAUGGCGAAUUAAGUGGCUAUGACAUUCUUAUCACAGGUACAGCACUACCUCAGAUCUUCAUAUGGGCAUGUGGCUAACCAUGUACAGCCGCCCCAUAGAAAACCCUGAGGUACUUUCUAAGCUAUUUUAAUCAUAGGAAUGUCAACUGUGCAGACUCUAUGCUGUGUUCUCAUAAAAUUAAAAAAAAAGGGAAAGGCUGUGUAAUUCCUUAAGAUGAUUGAUUCACACAAAAAAGGAAGAAACUUAUUUUUGCGUCAGAAUGUGAUUAAAUGGGGUCCCUUUAUACUGUGGAAAAGCUAAACCAUGCAUUAUCUACAUCUAUUUUACAACCAAAAAAGAAAAAAUGCUGAAAUAUUUUCACACUUUUAUAGCUUUGCGACCUUUAUACGAUGUUUACGGCGUUGAUGUUUGCUGCAAUGAGAGGAAUAGAGGAACACAGUAGGCCUUAUAGUGGAUAUGUAUAUGUCAGCUGACACUAUUCUCAAGCUUGUUUCUAUUACAGUUAGACUCACAAAAUACAAAACUAUAGUAGGACACGUUUUCCUUUUGUUUUCUUGGCAUUGACAGAUUUUGGUUGUUAUGCAGUACAAGCAGGGUGCGAUUUGUUGAGAGUAAAAAUGCAGGCUUAGAUUUUGUGGAAUCUGGGACACUCUUUCUUCUUCCUUUUUUUUUUUUUUUAAAUAAAUCUUGAAUUGAUGGGAAAAUGUUAACACGUUCACAAACUGCCCGAAUCAGAGAGAGCUUCACAUAUUUUCUAACUAUAGCAUACUUUUUAUCCAGCACCUUGGAGGCAGUGGGACAAUUUUUGAACUUCUGCAAAUCUCUAAGAUGAAAAUAUUGUUUGAGCUUGUUAAUGGAAGCGCAGUCUAACUGCAUUCUCUGAAAGCAGCACUCUAACCCUGGGAAUUCCACAGUGUUUGUGUGUGUGUGUGUUUGUUCAGCCCAAAUCGCACCCUGGGUAUAACCCAAGUCUUAACGGAAAAGUGGCAUAAAUGUGUCGCAGGCUUCUGGAGAGCUCGUUUUUGCUGUUAUAAUUGAUAUAUACAAAUAUGCUUGUUACUGUAUUUGAAGAUACUCCGCUAUAUCAGCCUACUUUUUUUUUUUUUUUUUUUU